UUACUAUUACCAAUCUAUAAAUUAUCACCCAAUGUAUCGAUUAAUAAAAACUUUAUAUGGCAAAAUUGAGUUGUGAUGGCUCAGUGGUUAAGGCAUUGAACUGACAUUAUGAAGAACUGGCGUUUGAUCCCAAGUGGCGGCUUGAAGUCCUAUGAUCAGUGGGUACCAGCCUAUCAGGGAAGUAAACACGGUCUGUGUACAAUGCUGACUACAUUGCCACAAUCAUGCCAUUGAUCAGGGAAAUGUGGAGCCUUAACUGUUUCAAGAGUUUAUUGUGUAAGAGGAGAAAAAUAGAAAGAAAUCUCUUUAAAUUGAAAUUUCUCAUUGAAGAGUGGAGUGAAUUUGAAGAUAUCAAAUUGAUUUUUGUCUUUGGCAAGGAAAUUUUUCCUGUUAGCAGAAUACUUGAUAAAACUCACUCUGCUGGCAAUCUCAAGUUCUGCCCUCAUCUCAAAAAACUUAUUUUUCAAGAUAAUGAUGCUGUACCUUUAGUUUCCUCCAAGUAUAAAUGCUAUGUGAAUGGAACAACGUUGGUUGUAUCUCUCAUAUUAUCAAUAGAAAACUUGAAGUAUUUUGAGGACUAUUUAUUGGAAGAUGUUAUGCUUGCUGUGCAAGAAAUAAAGAAAUGUUCGGAUGUUCUUAGUUCUUUAAAUUCAGGGCCUCAAAAUGAAACAGUUUUUAAAAGUCGAGUUGUGCCUUUGAAAGUAGCUGAUAGACCUAGACAGUCUCUUUUUCCUAUGCUUUCUGUAUCUGAUGCUGUCAAAUGUGUUUUGAAUGAAAGCAAUAUUUUACCCACUACAUGGAAAAGUUUUGAAAAUUCAUUGAGUUAUGUUCUUGGGGAAAAUGUCAUUGCUGAAGAACCCUAUCCACCAUUUAAUGCUUCAAUCAAAGAUGGAUAUGCUGUUCUAGCGGAUGAUGAAACCACAAUUCGUAAUGUAAUAGGAGCUGUUUCACCAGGAUGUGAACUGGAUUUUGAUUUAAAAACUGGCUCUUGCAUUAGAGUCAGCACUGGAUCAGCAAUUCCUCUCAAAGCUGAUGCUGUCAUUCAAGUUGAAGACACAGCAGUUGUAGAGAAGGAUUCUGAGGGAAAUGAAUUGAAAAUUGAAAUUUUAAAACCUGCAAAAAAAUUUCAAGAUAUAAGACUUGUGGGCAGUGAUGUGUCAGUUGGAGAAGUACUGAUACCCUCAAAGAGAAGAAUAAAUGCCGCUGAAAUAGGUGUGUUAGCUAUCGCAGGAAUAACUAAAGUUUUAGUUUUUCAAAAGCCCUGGUUAGCCUUAUUAUCAACUGGGGAUGAAGUUCUAAGUCCUCAUCUCCCCCUCAAACCUGGUUGUAUAAGAGACAGCAACAAAAGUAGCUUGAUGAGCUUAUUGAUUGAAAACAAAAUCCCAUUUAUUGAUGUUGGAAUAGCCAGAGAUAC